AUGUCGCUACAGAUGGUAACAGUCAGUAACAACAUAGCCUUAAUUCAACCAGGCUUCUCACUCAUGACUUUUGAUGGGCAAAUUUUCUUCUUUGGCCAAAAAGGCUGGCCCAAGAGGUCCUGCCCCACUGGAGUUUUCCAUUUUGAUAUACAGCAUAACCAUCUCAAACUGAAGCCUACAGUUUUCUCUAAUGAUUCCUGCUAUCUUCCUCCUCUUCGCUACCCAGCCACGUGCACAUUCAAAGGCAGCUUAGAGUCGGAAAAACAUCAGUACAUCAUCCAUGGAGGGAAAACACCAAACAAUGAACUUUCAGAUAAGAUUUAUGUCAUGUCUGUUGUUUGCAAGAACAACAAAAAAGUUACUUUUCGCUGCAUAGAGAAAGACUUGGUAGGAGAUGUUCCUGAAGCCAGAUAUGGUCAUACCAUAGAUGUGGUAUAUAGCCGAGGGAAAAGCAUGGGUGUUCUCUUUGGAGGACGGACAUACAUGCCUUCUGCCCAAAGAACCACAGAAAAAUGGAAUAGCGUAGCUGACUGCCUGCCCCAUGUUUUCUUGGUAGAUUUUGAAUUUGGGUGCUCUGUGUCAUACAUUCUUCCAGAACUUCAGGAUGGGCUAUCUUUUCAUGUCUCCAUUGCCAGAAAUGAUACCGUUUAUAUUUUAGGAGGACAUUCACUUGCCAAUAACAUCCGCCCUGCCAACCUAUACAGAAUAAGGGUUGAUCUCCUCCUGGGUAGCCCAGCUGUGAAUUGCACAGUUUUGCCAGGAGGAAUCUCUGUCUCCAGUGCAAUCUUGACUCAAACAAACAAGGAUGAAUUUGUUAUUGUUGGUGGCUAUCAACUUGAAAAUCAAAAAAGAAUGGUCUGUAAUAUUGUCUCUUUUGACGACAACAAGAUAGAAAUUCGUCAGAUGGAGACCCCAGAUUGGACCCCUGAUAUUAAGCACAGCAAGAUAUGGUUUGGGAACAACAUGGGAAAUGGAACUGUUUUCCUUGGCAUACCAGGAGACAAUAAACAGGCUGCUUCAGAAGCAUUCUAUUUCUAUAUGCUGAAAUGUGCUGAAGAUGAUGUAAAUGAAGAUCAGAAAGCACUCACAACUAGUCAGACACCAACAGAAGACCCAGGGGACUCUACUCCCUUUGAAGACUCAGAAGAAUUUUGUUUCAGUGCAGAAGCAUAUAGUUUCAACGGUGAUGAUGAAUUUGACACCUAUAAUGAAGAUGAUGAGGAAGAUGAGUCUGAAACAGGCUACUGGAUUACAUGCUGCCAUACUUGUGAUGUGGAUAUCAACACUUGGGUACCAUUUUAUUCAACUGAACUCAACAAACCUGCCAUGAUCUAUUGCUCUCAUGGAGAUGGGCACUGGGUCCAUGCCCAGUGCAUGGAUCUGGCAGAACGUACACUCAUCCAUCUGUCAGAAGGAAGCAACAAGUAUUACUGCAAUGAGCAUGUGGAGAUAGCAAGAGCACUGCAAACCCCCAAAAGAGUCCUACCCUUGAAAAAACCCCCAUUGAAAUCCCUCCACAAAAAAGGCUCUGGAAAAAUUUUUACUCCUGCCAAAAAAUCCUUUCUUAGAAGGUUGUUUGACUAG